CACCCAUUUCCCAAGCACCUUGACUUCACUCAGAUUCCCUUUUCCCGAGAAAAAACACAUACCCUUUUUUCUUUCUCUCAUUUUCUCUCUCCCCAAACGCGCUCAACCGCACCCACCUCUUCCCUCCCUGUUUGUUUCCGGGGAUUAACCGAAUCCUCGCCGGAAAGCUUCAAUUUUCCGGCGAAGCCAACCAUCACCGACGAUGGUCUCACCCGAAAACACCAAUUGGCUCUACGAUUACGGCGUGAUCGAUGACAUCCCUGUUCCGGAAGGGAAUUUCUCUGCUCCCAACGCGGUGGGAUUCAGCUGGUCCGUGCAGGGCGUGAAUGGGUCCUCGAAUGUUAGUGUGGAAAUUGAUGGCUCAUUGGGGGAUUCAGAUGGUGCCAAGGAAUGUGGCUCAAAGAAGAGGGGUAGACCUGAAUUGUGCUGUGCAUCAAGUUCCAAAGCUUCUCGGGAGAAGUUGCGAAGGGAUAGACUUAACGACAAAUUUGUGGAAUUGGGCUCUAUUCUGGAGCCUGGAAGACCUCCAAAAACGGACAAGGCUGCUGUUUUACUUGAUGCUGUCCGAAUGGUGACUCAGUUACGGGGUGAAUCACAGAAGUUGAAGGAUUCAAAUUCAAGUCUCCAGGAGAAGAUCAAAGAGUUGAAGGCUGAGAAGAAUGAGCUUCGUGAUGAGAAGCAGAGGUUAAAGGCGGAGAAAGAGAAGUUGGAGCAGCAACUGAAAGCCAUGAAUGCACAACCUGGCUUUUUGCCUACUCCUCCUGCAAUCCCUGCUGCAUUUGCUGCUGCUCAGGGCCAGGCCCCCGGCAACAAAUUGGUGCCUUUCAUUGGUUACCCAGGGGUUGCAAUGUGGCAGUUUAUGCCACCUGCUGCAGUGGAUACCUCACAGGAUCACGUCCUCCGCCCGCCCGUGGCUUAACUUGGCAGCCUACAAUGAUUAGGGUAUGGAGGCCCCAAAGAAGCGUAUUCAUUUUGUCAUUGUCAUUGUCUGUAUUAGUUUUUGCUGAAGUCCUCUAAGUUGUAACUGGAUUUGGUGGGUAACUUCCCUCGUUUGCUAUCCAAAGCACUUUUAUGAAUU